UAGGAACGGGUCGGAAACGAGAGAACGGGUGCGUUGGGUUUUGGUUGAAGCAAGAGCUGUUUUUUUGCGUGUCGCCCGCAGAGCGGAAUAAUGGACCACAGUCAUAGGACUAGCUAGUAAUAUGUAGUAGGGCAAUUGACUUGCAUUUGCAAUAUGAAGAAUGGAAGAAGACGAUGUGACUAUCAGAGAGCAAAAUUUCCACAGUCAAGUUCGAGAGUACAUUAUUUGUUUCCUACUGUUUGCAGUGCUCUACAUUGUGUCCUAUUGCAUCAUCAGCAGGUACAAAAGGAAAAGUGACGACCAGGAGGACGAAGAUGCCGUCGUCAACCGAGUAUCAAUGUACCUGUGCACCUUCACCCUGGCCAUGUCAGGUGGGGCAGUCCUGCUCCUGCCGUUUUCCAUCAUUAGCAAUGAGAUCCUGCUCUCCUUCCCCCAAAAUUACUACAUUCAGUGGCUCAACGGCUCCCUCAUCCACGGUCUGUGGAAUUUGGUGUCGCUGUUCUCCAAUCUCUGCCUCUUUGUCCUGAUGCCCUUUGCCUAUUUCUUCCUGGAAUCCGAGGGAUUUGCUGGAUCUAAAAAGGGCAUUAAGUCCCGGGUUCUGGAGACCUUUGUGAUGCUCUUCCUCCUCGGACUGCUCAUACUUGGAAUAGUCUGGGUGGCAUCUGCGCUCAUCGAUAAUGAUGCCGCCAGCAUGGAGUCGCUCUACGAUCUCUGGGAGUUCUAUUUACCCUACCUGUAUUCUUGUAUAUCUCUGAUGGGGGGACUGCUGCUCCUGAUGUGUACUCCCGUGGGCCUGUCCAGGAUGUUCACUGUCAUGGGCCAGUUACUAGUCAAACCAACCAUCCUGGAGGACCUGGAUGAGCAGAUUUACUGCAUCACUUUGCAAGAGGAAGCCCUUCAGAGGAGAUUGAACGGGUUGACAUCAUCUCAUUCCCAUCGACUCAACAAAGACUUGGACAACGUCCGAGAUCAGAGGGCUAAACUGGAGAGAAGGAAGAAAGCCUCGGCAUGGGAGAAGAACCUACUUUACCCCAUUGUGGUGUUAAUCCUGCUAGCAGGGACGACCAUCUCUGUCCUGCUGGUGGCGCUGAACAUCCUCUACCUAUUGGUGGAUGAGACGGCCAUGCCAAAGGGGUCUAAGGAUCAGGGCCUUGGAAACACCUCUCUGUCGACUUUCGGAGUUGUCCAGGCGGUCCUCGAGAUCAUCCUCAUGUUCUACCUGAUGGUGUCCUCCGUUGUCGGCUUCUACAGCUUGCGAGUGUUUGAAGGCCUCACUCCCAGGAAAGAUGACACGACCAUGACAACGAUCAUUGGUUGCUGUGUGUCCAUCCUGGUGCUGAGUUCCGCCCUUCCAGUGAUGUCCCGAACUCUUGGUAUCACCAGGUUUGAUCUUCUUGGAGAUUUCGGGAGAUUUAACUGGCUGGGAAACUUUUAUAUUGUCUUAUCGUACAAUUUGCUUUUUGCUGUGGUAACCACUCUCUGCCUGAUACGGAAGUUCACCUCAGCGGUCCGGGAGGAACUAUUGAAAGCAUUAGGUCUGGAUAAAUUACAGCUGUCAAACAGCCCCACGGACCCGGAGUCUGGAAAGCUCUCGGCCAAUGGGCAUCAGAAGACUCUUUGAAAGAGAUAACGGACACAAUAUGGCAGCCAAUGGGAUAUUCUGACUGGGCUGGAUUCAACAGCAGUAGGUGAAAGGGAUCGAGUCUGUAGAAGACACUUUUUGACAGGGUCUGACGGGUGUGGCGAACUGAGGCAAAGAGCAAAUUAGCCUUGUGACAUUCCAUCCUCUUCCUCCUGCUUGGAUAGAACGCGGGACUGGGAUAUGUUUGAGCAGACUGGUGUCAUUAUAACAGUGACCUUGAUGUUCACCCCGAACAGCUACUCUGAGCCAACGUCUGGGGGACGUUUCUUCCCUCUGCACCUACUUCCUUCUCUUCCCACAACCUCUUAAUUAAUUCUAUUCUUUUGUGCUUCCGUGAUUUCCAAUCUGACAUUACUCCCCGUAACCGUUGUACCAUUGCCUAUUGUCGUGGCGGCAGGUUUAGUAGAUCUUCACUGAUGUGGUCAGACUAGUGGUAAUUUUUUCUACCGAUGUCCUAUCUCAAUGUUUACCCAUUUGUUUUCAACCUGUACUACUUCCAUUAGAUACUGAGCCCAUGCACGGCAUCUUGCCAAUGGAAAAUACAUGUUUGUCUUAACAGGCACCUUAGUGUGUUAUUCUGAGAGUGAGGAAAGGCUGGAGUUUAAACGGCAUAAAAUAGAAUUUCUUCUGAGGAUUCAUGUUAGGGAGUAUAUUGGACACGGAUCAGUGGUCAUGGGGACAUUCUCUUUAUAGGAUGUGUAUUGUGUGUGGACUCGGCAGUGGUCAAAGCAUCGAUGCCGAUUUGAAUGUUUAUGCCAGAAGAAAAUAUGCAAAAUUGUGUAAAGAUUUUUUGAUCUCUCCAGUAAUGUAAAGUGUUACUGAUUGCUAUUAGAUUUUUUACACAUUAUCCAUUUGCAUUGUGUAUCGGCACAGUUGUAAGGGUAUUAUAAAAAUAAUUGUACAUGCAUUAUGACAAUGCACAUUGUUUACGUUCGUCAUAGGCCAUUAUCUGCUACUUUCAAUUAUAACGUUCAUACAAAAUUUAAGCUGCAAGAGGUUUUAUAUAUACAAACAAAAAUGUCAGGGACUCCAUGAAUGGUUGUUGUCAAGCUUUUGACAGUCAUUUGGUGGUUUUACCUCUGAAGGGAGAAGGUUGGGGACCACUACUCCAGUGUGUCCGUAGAGUAGUUAAGAGUGACCAUAGAGAAUUAUAGCAAAUGCAUCACUCUAGUGUAAAAUUCUGGCUUACGCAAAUGCAUGGUUAGCACCACUGAGGCAAUCUACAUUUUGAACUGGUUACUUUUCUUCUUCACAACUGGCAGAUCUGUCCUGAACAACGAUUUUUGGGCAUGACACCAAUAUGGUCAUCAGGCUGGACCAGCCACCGAGAUUAGAAAGCCAACACAGUUGGCAACAUUAAAAUUGUGGAAGCCAUUAAUAGUAAUAUCCAUUUUCUUUGGAUUUUUGCCAUUUGAGGCCUCUAUCAUUCUCUAUGGAAGUGACUAGUCAAACCCUUAUCUUAUUGGUCUUAUCAGGCCAUUUUUGAAUGUCACAUUGUGCUCUUUCUGUUUAGCUUUAGUAAUGCUCUGUGUUUUUCUUUUAUAUAUGUAGUUAAUUAUUUUGACUUGAUUUACAGACAGUCGUUUACAUGCUGUCGAUUUAGAAACUGAAGUAGAAACUACUGUCCCAAAGAGAAGAAAUCGCAGUGUUCUAUGUCUGAUCUUUUUAGUUAGAUGGUUUUUAAAAAAAUUGCAUUGGCAAGCUGGAACAGGAUUACCCCAAAUAACCAAUAUGCUAUUUUAAAUGUUAUCUAAUUGUAUGGGACACUAAGCUUUGUCAAACCUCUUCCUGGUGUAAAUGUUGUAUUUCUAUGAACAUUUCGUAUAUGUUGAAUACCUCUUUUGCAUUAUUGGAUGUAAACAGUGAGUUUGUCAUUAGGCCUCCUGAGUGUUAAUUCCAAGUCCACAGAAGCUCCUGUUGGACUGAUGUUUCUUGUCACUAGAAAACCACCUUUUAUGCCUUAGCAGCAAGAGGAGGAUUUCACCAGUCUUUGUGUGUGUGUGUGUGUGUGUGUGUGUGUGUGUGUGUGACCGCAUGUUUGUUGGAAAAGACAACUUCACUGUGAACACAUCCUUGUCUCUGGAAUUCAAUUGCACACCAGUUUGAACUUUGUCGCUGCAGUGAAUGUAGUCGGUAAUGUUACUUCAAAUGGCCGGUGGGCAAAUCACCAGAUAACCAGAGCACUUGUGAAAAUGGAUGGGGAUGGACGCAAUAAUGGCAUUACUGUUUGGUGUUGGAAUAACUAAAUGUGAUGUGUUUCUUAAAUGGGAUUUGAGUGUCAUGACAAUGCGAAUGACAGGGCAUAUGUUGAAUUUUGGACGUGUUUUACACAGGGACCGCGUUGCGUCGAUUGGAUUUUAAUGAAAAAAUUGCUUUCUGCCACAAGUUGCCCUGUGUUAUAUGGUAAUAGGAAUAAAUUUGGAAGGAAAGGUGUACUUUUUUAAAUGAUGAAUGGCUCGCCUUACAUUUGGGAUUUUGCUAUGCAAAUCCCUUUACUGUGGCCUGUUCACUCAAUACAAUGCAAGAUUGUAAGCAAUCCAAUUUGAAGCUGUCUGUAAAGUUGAUUUGGCGGUGCUGAUGAUAAAUGAUACUGUGAUAAGCCAGUAAUGAAAAAUCAAUGACCAAAACCUAUUCAUUCUGUGGGUAAAUAGCUGUUUCGUACUUGUCUGUCAAAAGGCUUACCUGUGAAAUCUGAGAUUUUCUCAAUGUUCAUUUCAUCCUUAACCAUCAGUUCUGUUCUAGCUUAUUAUCCAUUGUGGACUUAGUGUACACACCAAAUGCCAUGCUGUUCCUAAGUGUUGCACUACGGAACAGCGUUCCAUUUGGAGCAUUGCUGCAUUUAUUACUGGUCGAAGGGAGCACACCAGUCACCAUCCAUGGUAGUCAUACAUUUCCAUUUCCCAAGAGAAAAGUUUUGGUUUCCUACAGAUUUUUUUCCCCACCCACUGAGCGGUUCAAAAUGUUAAGGUUGACCUGUACCGUUGGUGGAGUACCUAGUAAUUUUGUCUGUAGUGUUGCAGCGGAUGUAUGUGAAUGUCGUUCGCUUUUUUUCCUGAGUUAUAGCUGUGUAUUUUGUUGUUUUACAAUGUUGGCUUGUUUGCAAAUAAAACUCUGAGAAUAA